GGGAGGGGCGUGGGUCUAGGUCGUGGGUCUAGAUCGUGGGUCCAGGCGGCCGCGAUGCACGAUCCCGCGGGCCUCCAGCACUGGGGGCUCAGCAAGGGCCCCCCACCACCUCCCUUCCCUGCUGCGGGGCGGCCCCGUGCGGCUCCAGCAGCGCCCCGGGCGCCGGAUGCCCCGGGGCGGCGGCAGGUGCAGGGGUGCGGGGGCCCGGCGGGGAGCGCGCGCCCCGGGGGCGGCGGCGGCAGGGGGCACGACGGUGCUGGUGGAGCUGACCCCCGACAUCCACAUCUGCGGCAUCUGCAAGCAGCAGUUCAAUAACCUGGACGCCUUCGUGUCGCACAAGCAGAGCGGCUGCCAGCUGGGCAGUGCCGCGGGCGCGGCCGCCAGCACCGUGCACUUCGUGUCGGAGGAAACUGUGCCCGCUGCCCAGGCCCAGGCCCCCAGCAGGACCAUCACCUCGGAGACGCAGACCAUCACAGUGUCGGCGCCCGAGUUCGUGUUCGAGCAUGGCUAUCAGACGUACCUGCCGGCGGAGACCAGCGAGAACCCCGCGGCCGCCGUCCUCUCGCCGCCCGCCAAGUCUCGGGCCAAGAAGCCCGCGGCCCCGCCGGCCCAGAAGAAGCUCAACUGCUGCUACCCAGGUUGCCAGUUCAAGACCGCCUACGGCAUGAAGGACAUGGAGCGCCACCUGAAGAUCCACACAGGAGACAAACCCCACAAGUGUGAGAUCUGCGGCAAGUGCUUCAGCCGGAAGGACAAGCUGAAGACGCACAUGCGCUGCCACACGGGCCUGAAGCCGUACAAAUGCAAGGAGUGCGCCUACGCCGCGGCCGACAGCAGCAGCCUCAACAAGCACCUGCGCAUCCACUCGGACGAGCGGCCCUUCAAGUGCCAGCUGUGCCCCUACGCCAGCCGCAACUCCAGCCAGCUCACCGUGCACCUGCGCUCCCACACAGGCGACGCCCCCUUCCAGUGCUGGCUCUGUAGCGCCAAGUUCAAAAUCAGCUCGGACCUGAAAAGGCACAUGCGCGUCCACUCGGGGGAGAAGCCGUUCAAGUGCGAGUUCUGCAACGUGCGCUGCACCAUGAAGGGCAACCUCAAGUCGCACGUGCGCAUCAAGCACAGCGGCAAUAACUUCAAGUGCCCGCACUGUGACUUCCUGGGGGACAGCAAGGCCACGCUGCGCAAGCACAGCCGCACGCACCAGUCGGAGCACCCGGAGAAGUGCUCCGAGUGCAGCUACUCGUGCGGCAGCAAGGCGGCCCUGCGCGUGCACCAGCGCAUCCACGGCCCCGAGCGCCCGUUCAAGUGCGCCUACUGCAGCUUCGACACCAAGCAGCCCAGCAACCUGAGCAAGCACGUCAAGAAGUUCCACGGGGACGCGGCCAAGGCCGAGGCGGCCGCCGAGCGCAAGGACGCGGGCCGCCAGGGCGGCCGGCAGCUGGCCAAGCUGGACGCCAAGAAGACGUUCCACUGCGACCUGUGCGACGCGUCCUUCAUGCGGGAGGACUCGCUCCGCAGCCACAAGCGGCAGCACAGCGAGUACCAGGAGGGCAAGAACCCCGAGGUCACCGUGCUGCAGUUCCAGAUCGACCCCGGCAAGCCACCGGCCACCGCCACCGCCGCCGCCGCCACCGCCGCCGCGCCCCUCACCGUGGGCCACCUGCAGGUGCCCCUGCAGCCGGGCCAGGGACCCCCGUUCAGCGAGGGGAGGGUCAAGAUCAUCGUGGGCCACCAGGUGCCGCCCGCCGGCGGCCUCGUGCAGGCGGCGGCGGCGGCGGCCACCACAGUGAACAUCGUGCCGCCCGCGCUGGUGACCCCCGGCGCCGAAGAGCUUACCGGGAACGCGCGGCUGCAGAUCCUGCGCCAGGUGAGCCUCAUCGCGCCGCCGCCGCCGCAGCCCCCGCCACCGCCGCCGCCGCCGCCGCCCUCCGCGGGGUGCCCGGGCGAGCCUGGCACGCUGGCACAGCCCGCCGCCGUGCUCCUGAGCGCGCACGAGCCGCCGGACGCGAGCGCGCUGCACCCCGCGCUCCUGCCCGCCGCGCCCGCCGCGCCCCCGGGCAGCGCCGCCAACCAGACUUUCAUCACCAGCUCGGGCAUCACCUGCACAGACUUGGAGGGCCUCAACGCGCUGAUCCAGGAGGGGGCGGCCGAAGUGACGGUGGUGAGCGACGGGGUCCAGAACAUCACCGUGGCCAGCACGGCCCCCCCAAUAUUCUCCUCCUCCUCCUCUUCCUCCUCUUCCUCCGCCUCCUCCGCUCGGCCGGAGCUCCCCAAGCCGACUUACUCCAUCAUCCAGGGUGAGACCCACCCGGCGCUGCUCUGCCCCGCAGAUUCCAUCCCUGACUAGCUCUGCCACGGAGAGCUAAGGGCCAGGAGGUGGGGGGGAGCACCUCCGGUCCCCCACCCCCCCCACACACACACACCUGAAAGCCCUAAUUGGACACUUCUACGGGGGGUUUUGCUAAAGGUCAUUCUUUUUUUUUUCAGGCUUGUUUUGUGGGAAGCCAUCCCUCCCCAUCCCCGGUAAUAAAUUGUAAUUUUAUACUCCUCCGAUCCUUUUUUAACACUGUAAUGAUUUUGAGAAUCCCUCCGACCUCUCCCCCCGCCCCCACCCCCGCAAUGUUCUAGAAUCUUCUUGGGCAUCAAGAUGAUGCUGCUGAUGGUGGGUCGGAAUUACAUGCAUUAAGACAUGAAGGCGUUUGUUUGUUCCCAACUCGGUUUCCCAACUCUAAUAAAGGGGUUUUCCCGACUCAUUAAACGCGUGUAGGAGAUGGUACUUUCCAGCCCCUCUGAAUUCCCCGUUCUGAAAUAGGCCCUCGGAGGGGGCGUUCACGACAUGGCUACAGAUUUGCAGGCUUGGAGGAGCGUUUUCCACGGAAUAAUUUCCCCGGGUAAUUAAUUCACUCCAUCACAAACGGUUAAAGCUGCUGAGCAGACAAGGAAUGGUUUUCUAAUAAAUUGAUCCAUGAUUUAA